AUUGCGCAUGUCAUUCGAAAGAGCAGGAACUAAGAUAUAAACUACCGGGUUGUAUACUGGACAAGUGGACUUACUUUAAAAAUUGGGAGUCAUGCCAAUGGAUGGUAAAGAUGUGGCUAAAAUAGAAGCACACAUGGAGUAUAUCGUUGGAAACUUCGACGUUUCAGAUUUUAUAACUCAUUUAGUAGGAAAAGGAUUGACUCUAGAGACUAAACAAGAGAUCGAUCAAGUCAAGAGAAUUCGUGAUAAAAACAGAAAAUGUCUCGAAUGUCUAAUGAAAUCUAAAGAUGGAUCAUAUGAAGUGCUAAUUGAGCUCCUGAAAGAAAGACAUUAUACAAAUAUUAUCGACAAACUUGAAAGUGGCCUACCACCAGAGGACAAGGCAGGGAAAGCAGAAGCAGCCACACCAAGUAUACACGUGCCGGAACACAAACGCCACCUACGCUUGACUGAUAAACAGUUGAUGAACUUUUCCGCCACCGUCUCUCCAAAGGACAAGAUUCAGUGGACCACGUGUUUAGGAAUUCCUGAACUCGAUGUAGAUCACAUAGAUAUGGAUUGUCAUGAUAGUGGUACUCAGAUGAUGAAAAUUCUGUUGCAUUGGCGGGUAAAAUCGGGAAAGGAUGCUACCCUGGGUUUGCUUAUGGAUCAGUUUAACCAAUCGCUAGACAUUGGUGUCACCAUUGACACAGAAAAAGUAGAAAAGCUCAUAUUAAAAGAAACAUAGGAAGCGAGACAAAUACGACAAAGACAGAGACUCUAGGCUCCCUGGUGUUUGUAAUACCUUUUUUUAUAUUAUGGAUUACUCCUUGUAAAUGAGAAGUGGAAAAGGCAAUACACAGGCAAAAUGUAUCAAUGUGAACGACAAUAUAAUCUUUUUAUAUAAAAGUUUGUGUGUGUAACACAAAAAACUAGCUGUGUUGAUGACACAUUUGUUUUUGUAACAAGGCCUUCGAUUUGUUGGUUUUAUGUCGUAUUACUCGAUUUCAUGCAUGGGUAUAUGUGACAAAAAAGUCAACCGGGCUAUUGUUGGAGAGAAAAUAAUAUAUAGUUUAUAACAUGUCUAGUGCAUUCAUAACAUCAUGGAAUAUGUUAUGAAAUGGGACAUCCUCUAAAGUUCAUUUACCAAUUUAGGUUACUUGGCCUUUUGUGUUGUUUUUUUAUUAACUGCUAAAUGUAUGACCAGGGAAUUUUAUGGCGAUUUUAGUGGUUUCACAUAGCAACAUUUAUCUUGAUUUGAGGCUGAUAUGCCUCGCCACAGCUUGUGAAAGAAAAAUUAAGUACGUAUGACCUAGGUAUGUAAAUGAACUCAAGAUAAUGUGCCAUUUCAUAGCAAUCAGUUACAUUGCUAAAGAGAUAUUUUAUAGAUCUGCUGUACUAGUUUUGGGAAGACGAAAGGUUUAUCUUUGACUUCGUUAACCUCGCUCUGGAGCAUUAUAUAUAUUAAUUCCGAUCUUUAAUUAGGGUCUUUGAAUAUGACUUAUCAGGGGUGGAAUUAAGGGUGACUGCAGCCUCUUUCUGGGGAUUUUUUAUAUUCUAAGGUACCAUAUUAUUCUCAGGAAUAAAAGGUUAACGCUACCUACAUAUGGCUUGUUUGAUAAAUACUAUUUUAUGUAAAAAAGAGAAAUUACGUUAAGUCUCAUUAAACAAUCUUUCAUAUACAUGUGCGUUACCUAGUAUUCACAUUGUGAACCGAACUAGUUGAUGUAUUUUCCUGGUUGAAAUGCAUGCGUUGUUUCUUUUGCU